UGGCCAGAAAGCAGGGGGCAGUUACUCAGACAGAGCGUCGCAAGCGUGUGCUGCAGAUACCGGAUUGAGAGUUCAGGAAAUUCCUGCAGACUCUGGGCAGGGAUUUUGGCUUGCGCGUCUGCUAUUGGAAAAAGCUGACAGUGUUGGAAGUAACUGCCUGGAGUCAGUCGGAAAAAGAAAGAAAGCGAGAGACAGAGGAAAAAUAGGCCUCAUGCCAUCUUUAAGGGGUGUCAGAAUCUACUUUUAUCUGGCCGUCACACCCCUUGUGCACUAGCUUGGACUUCAGGUUGAGAGCCAUGGUCAGGAUGAUGACCCAGGAACAGUGCCCUCAUAGGAACAAUGUCCAGAGUACCGAAAAACCGCAAGUGUAUAAAGUGGGGAUCUACGGCUGGCGGAAACGUUGCCUUUACUUCUUUGUUCUCCUCCUUAUGAUCCUCAUAGUGGUCAACCUCGCUCUCACCAUCUGGAUCCUCAAAGUUAUGAACUUCACUAUAGAUGGCAUGGGUCACCUGCGCAUCACAGAAAGAGGCCUGAAACUUGAGGGCGAUUCGGAAUUCCUUCAGCCGCUGUAUGCCAAAGAAAUCCAGUCCAGACCAGGAAGCCCAUUGUUCCUGCAGUCAUCUAAGAACGUGUCUGUCAACAUCCUCAAUGAGAAGAAGCAAUUAGUAUCUCAGCUUGUUGCAGGUUCUCAUGGAGUUCAUGCACGGGGCAAAAUGUUGGAGGUAAAAUCAAGUUCAGGAAAGCUGCUCUUCUCUGCUGACGACCAUGAGGUGGUGGUUGGUGCAGAGAGAUUACGAGUUAUGGGAGCUGAGGGUGCAGUGUUCAGUAACUCAGUGGAGACGCCACACGUGAGGGCCGAGCCGUUCAAAGAGUUACGGCUGGAGUCUCCUACACGUUCGCUAUACAUGGAGGCGCCUAAAGGAGUGAAAAUAGAAGCUGACGCGGGCGAUUUCCAAGCAACCUGUAGGAGCGAUUUACGCCUGGAGUCAAAAGACGGAGAGAUCAGCUUGGACGCCAGCAAAAUCAAGCUCCCACGUCUGCCAGAGGGAAAAGCCUCCACCUCUGGACCGAGACAGACUGUCUUUGAGGUGUGUGUCUGUCCCAACGGAAAACUCUUCUUAUCACAAGCAGGAACUGACUCUACUUGCCAGAUGAGCAGCAACUUAUGCCUCUAAACACUAACAUCAACUUCCACCAACACACACACACACACACAUACACUACUAAACUCAUACACAAGACUCGAUCCUCUCAAAGAAUCCAAUGUCUAAAAGGAUUUCCUCAAAAGAUUUACGAAAAUACUUUGUAAAACUAUGUUUGAGGCUGAGACCUUGAAGGUGAUCACCAGAAAUACACCAUGACAGACGGACAUUCAGAUUCAAACCUCGCUUGUACUCGUCGGCGUCCUCUUUUUUCACUCAGAAACAGACGAUAUAUAUUUUUUUGCUGAGGAAAGUAUCGUGGGUGCUUUAAUCUUGUGUACGCCACAUAAAUAAAACAGAUAAACUCUUUGUAACAUCACAUUUUGUAUGAUUACUGGAGUCCCGCAUCUACAGUUCUCCAUCUGGGACUCGUCUCGUGACGGUGAUCACCUGUUAUCCAAACUGUGCUCGCACCGGGAGGGAACCCGUGUGCGCACACAUACAUACACACUCUAUUGAAAAAGACGAUUUCUGUGCCUUAAUUCAAUGCACUCGUGGCAAGAAGCACACCCCACUGACUUUUCUUUAGACAAGGAGACUUGUGUUUAAGUUACUUGCCUUUUGCUCCCAAGUUAACUUAUUUUUACUGCAUUUAAAUAAUAAUAAUAAAAAAAAGUUUGAAAAUCCCAGUAAACCCCAAACUCACAUGAGAUUUGUUCGUUUUCAUUUGGAAAAGAGAAGAAAUCAUUUCUGCUUUGGUUGAAAUGUGUUUUAUUUUGUUGUUGUUGUAUUUUUUUUUGGCUUGGCACAGAGUGAAAAAAGACGAGUUUGAUGUGUGGAUGUUUUUGUGUGUAUUAUUAAGUCUCAUUUUUGCUCGUGUUGUGUUAUUGAGCUCUAAACAAACUAGAGACACCCAAAACAAAAAAAAGAAUAGCUGUCAAAAUUGGGAAGCUGAUGAAAAUCUAAAAUGACUUUGUACAUCAUUUGAUGAAAUUAUGAAUAAAUACAUGCUUUAUUUAAGUUUUUGUUUGUUCGUACAUGCACACACGCACUUCUGUUUAGAAGUUUGGGGUCAGUAGGAUUAAAAUAAGUGUUUUAUUUUCAAAAAGGCUGCACAUUUGAUCAUAGGCUCAUUCUGAAAACCUACCCCUAUAUACAUUUCUGAAGAUCGCAAAAUAUGUAGCCAGAGGUACGUAUUGCUGUAUUUUGUCAUUAAAAUGAAUGAUAUGGGACGGUAUGAUGCUGUUCCUUUUUCAUGCUUACCAGCUGACCGCUUACCUCCAUAUGGACGGCUUUUCCGCUGUUACCAGUUUGUCCAGUUGCUCGCCGUGUACGUCGGUGGUCUUAUGAUUUGGAGCGUGACAAUAGGGUUAGAGGUGUAGAACGGUUCCAGAAAGCAGGUAAGACAAAAACAAAAGAUAAAAUAAACAAGUAAAUAAAAGGGUGAGAAUGUUGCAAAAUCUGAAAAUUUGGUAAAAAUUAGGCUGCCGCGAGGGCUUUUCUUUUUCUGGAUUGCUUUUAAAGACACUGUUAGUUGGCUUUAAGGAAAUAGGUGGGUGGCAGGGAAAUUAAUUCUAAAUGAAUAACAAAAUUUAAUCCUAAAUUUAACUGUAAAACAAUCAAAAAAGACAGAACUGGUGUGCAUGAAUAUUCAUUUCAUUUGAAUAAAAUUCUCUAGACAAUUCAAUAUAAUACGAAAAAAAAAUUUAUCGAAUUAUCUGUUGUGUGUUGUCUUAGACCCGACUCAUGGCAGAGAAUUACUGACUGACGGUUAGUCAGUCAGUCAGUCAGUAGCGGCCUCUGGUGGAUUUAUGCAAGAACAGCAAACGCAAAUGGCACUCGCGAGAGAAAUUUGAAAUCUCAAAAUAACAUACACAGCAGCCUCUGGUGGAUUUGCGAAGACAAAAACUGUAAAAUGUCUUACCCUCUGGGAUGUAUUUGGUGCUCUCCAGAAAUGUAUAUACAGUAGGGGUACGUAAUCAGAAUGAGCCUGGGUUGCAAAAUAGCAUUACAGUUCAAGAGUUUUCUAUAUUUAUUUACUUAUAAACAAGUCACAUUGUCAUGGUCAGAAACCAUUUUAAUAUGCUGAUUUGGUCCACAAUAAAUUUUUCUUAUAAUAAUCCAUCGCUAGAACAGCCAUAUUGAUUGUUGCAUUUUUCCUCAUUCAAAACUAUACAAGUGACAGGUUUUGUGUAUUCUAUAGUGUUUGGUCUUAAAAACACAGCACUCGUAUGUUAGUUGAUGCAAAAGAUGUAAUACGAGAGCGUAACGGUAACAUACAUAAACCCAGCGUGCACAUAGAAAAGAAAUGGAAAAGAAGCAAUUCACAUUUGAAAAUUCGAAUUUGAAUGGGGAAAAAAAACACAAUCACAAACACGGCAAUUCGUAACUUUUUGAUUUAGUGGCUAAUACAUAUGAAUUAAACCUAGGCUCAUUCUGAAAACGUACCUCCACAGAUGUUUCUGGAGACCGCGAAAUACGUCCUGGCAGCACGCUUUUCUGCUGGGUUUUUUUUUGCGAAUCCACCAGAGGUCGCCGUGUACGCUUUUUGAGAUCUCAAAUUUCCCUCGCGAGUGCCAUUCGUGCCUGCUGUUCUCGCGUAAACCCACCAGAAGUCGACUCAGUUAUGGACAGACUAUCUGACUGACUGAGCUAACGAUUGGCUGACCCACCCUCCCCCUUCCCUAAACCCAACCGAUUUUAUCGAUUGACCCACCCACCCACUUCCCUAAACCCAACCAACACCUUUCAAAAACAAUCCAAAAAAAUAAAAGCCCUCAUCUGACUUUUUUUUUUUACCACAUCCUCCAUUUUUUUACCACUCCUACAUUUUUUUUACUGUACCUCCGCCUACGUAAUUCGCUGUCUCCAGAAAUGUCCGCAGGGCUACGUUUUCACAAUGAGCCUGUGUUGUAUGAAUUCAUACAAUUUAGUAUGAUUUGCUCAUCGCCCAAUUACUGCCAACCAAGUAGGAUAUGUUCCUGGAUUAACAUCUAUGUUGAUCCUGGAACAACAUUCCAAUGAGCCAAUCAGAAUUAAGGCACAGGUUUACCGUUUAUAUUAAGUCUAGGUGUACGUUUUUGGGAAUAAUUUGCAGUUAUGUUUGGGUUUAUGGGUAGGGAAUAGGUAUAGAUAACAUUUUCAAACAAAAUUGUUCCAGGAUCAAUAUAGAUGAUAAUCCAGGAUCGCAUUGUACUUGGCAAAAUCAUGACAUUUCCUCAAUGACAGUUGGGUUUAGGGGCGGGGUUGGGUGCCAGGUCUCCUUUUUAAAAUCAUACAUUUUUGUGUUACUGAACUCAAAUGAAUUCAUAAGAAUUUCUGGAAAUUGGGGUUAGGAAAUUAUUCUUCUUAUUAUUUAUUUAUUUUUAUGUUAAAAAUUUACUGAUUUAUACAAAUAGGAAACUGACAAAACUUAAAAAAAUACAUGUUUCCUCGUGAGAUCAGGCUGAAAUGGCCCAUUUUUGGUUCAUAACCCACCUUUGUCUUUUCCUAUGAGGGUUUAGGGGUGGGGUUUAAUUAGAUGCGACACCUCCUUUUAAAAAAUCGUACAUUUCCAUUCAACUGAAUCCAUGCAAUUUAGCCACGAAACUGACAAAACCAGCAUGAUCUCACGAGAAAACGUAAGUAUUUUGCGUUUUGUCAGUUAAGUGGCUAAUUUGUAUUUUUAGUUAAUUUGUAGUUCAGUCAUACAAAAUUAUACGAUUUUAAAAAGGAGGCAUAGCACCCAACCGUCAUUGUGUGAUGAGCAAAUUGUACUGAAUUGUACGAAUUAGAUCAUACGAAUUCAUGCGAAUUAGCCACAAAAUCAAAAAGUUCCAAAUUGGAGUGGUAUUGGGUAUGUAAAAUAGAAAUGUUUCCUCGUAAGAUGAGGCUGAAACACCCCUUCAACUAAAACAUCUUACAGCAAUUUGUAACUUUUUGAUUUAGUGGCUAAUUCGUAUGAAUUUAUACGAUCUCAUCUGUACAAUUUAUUGCCUACGUGAUUUCACGUGAUAAAUAGAUUAACAUAUAUUUUGAUCCUGGAACAACAUUUCAAUCAGCCAAUAACGAUUAAGGGAUACAUUUACGAUUUAUGUUAAGUUUAGGCUUACAGGUUUAUGCACUUCUACAUUAUUGUUAUCCAACUAUAAUUCCUCUCUGAUUUUGGGAAUAAUUUACAGUUAUGUUUGGUUUAAGGGGUAGGGAAUAGGUAUGGAUUACGUUUUUGAACAAAACUUAUAUUCCAGGUUCAACAUAAUACAUGUUAAUUUAGGCCCGCGUCGAACUUGGCCAAAUCAUGACGUACUCCCAAUGACUGUUGGGUUUAGGUGUGGGGUUUAAUGCCAGGCGUACUUCUUAAAAUCAUACAUUUUCAUACGACUCAUACGAGUUCAUUCAAGUUCACCACUAAACUAACAAAACAUAAAAAAAAAUACUUAUGUUUCCUGGUGAGAUCAGGCUGAAAUGGCCCAUUAUGAGUUCAUAACCCACCGGUAUAUAACAAACCCAGGGAUUUUAUUUAUUUAUUUAUUUUUUAUUACAAAAAAAAACCAACAACUAUAGAACAUAACAAAAUUAUAAUAAUGCUGACUCCAAACUUUUGAACAGACAUACCUAUAUAUUCCAUAUCCCAGUAUGCAAAUGCAAAAAAGUACAUGUUUUAGAUUUACCGGACCCUCAAAACACAUAAUCCUAUCUACUGUAUAACUACAUGCCAUACGCCAAUGGGAAACCUUCUAUUGAAAUCUGAAAAAUGGUGAAUGGGAAAUGAAAGUCCCCUGAUGUAACUAAAGUGAUUCUCACUGUAAUUCAUUGCCGCUUGCCCACUACAUUUGAAGGGAUGAGGAGUGACAGCUGUGAUCAUUGCGUUUAAAAAGCUGAAGCCCCUAGCAAUUGUUGACAUCCUAUUAACAUACUAAAUGCUAUGGGUAGUGAAAGGAGACAGGAACACAGGGAACUCUGUAGGGAACAACACAGCAUCACAGAAGGGCUUAAUCAUAUUCAUUCUCUUUUGAUUUUUCAGGAGAAUUUGAAACUUGAUCGUGUGGUGUGUGUGCGUGUGAUUGCUAUUUUAAUGGACACUUGCAUGAUACCAGGAGAUGGAAGCCAAUGACAGACAUCACAUGACAACCCAGUUAUUAUAAUUUUUUGCUAACACUUUACUUGAAGGAGUCAUUCAUAUUCAUGACACCUUUAUAGUCAUGGCAUGACAAACUUUAGGAAUAUGAAGGAAAUUAUUUGUUAUUAAGUGUCAUAUUAAAUACAUAAGUCACAUUGUUUGAGAUGUGAACAUCUGGACUUACACAAAUAGAUCACAGUUGGGUUUGUUAUGACAACUUGACAUUACAAAGACAACAUAACUUGUCAUAAAGCUGUCAUAAACAUGAUUUGCAUUCAUUCAUUUUCCUUCGGCUUAGUCUCUUAUUUAUCAAGGGUCGCCACAGCAGAAUCAACUGCCAACUAUUCUGGCAUAUGUUUUACGCAGUGGAUGCUCUUCCAACCACAACGCAGUACUGGGAAACCUUUUUUUUCCCAAUGGAACAAAAUUUAUGUGGCAUUAAAAAUCCUCAGUAAAAGUGUCAAUACUCUCAUAGUUAUAUAAAAGCGAUAUUAUUAAUAUUUAACAACAUUUUAAUAAUAAAUGUAAAUUUAUACCACUGUAGUUGAGAUAAAAAAAAUGAAUGGUGCUGUUAUGAAAUUCACAACACAAAUACAACGGCUUAAUAAAAAUCAUGUUUAUAACAGAUUUAUGACAUGUCUUGGUAAUGUCAAGCAGUCAUGUGGAACAAAAUUAAUGUGGCAUUAAAAAUCCUCAGUAAAAGUGUCAAUACUUUCAUAACUAUAUAACAGCCAUAUUGAUAUUUAACGACAUUUUAACAACAAAUUAAAUUUAUACCACUAUAGAUGAGGUAAUAACAAAUGAAUGGUGCUGUUAUGAAAUUCAUGACACAAAUACAACGGCAUCAUGACAAUAAUGUUUAUGACAGAGUUAUGACAAGUCUUGGUAAUGUCAAGUUGUCAUGACAAAAGGUUAUAUCACGUUGACAUGUCAUAAUUAUAAAGGUUUCGUGACAGUCUUAUGAUCCCCCAAUGCUUUCUCACAACAAUUCGUAACUUGUUGAUUUAGUGGCUAAUUUGUAUUUUGUACGAUAUUUGUCAUAAAAUUUAGUAUGAUUUGCUCAUCUUCCAAUGGUGGUUGGGAUUAGAGGUGGGGUUUAGUUGGGUGCCACGCCUCCUUUUAAAAAUCAUACAUUUCCAUUCAACUGAAUUCAUACAAUUUAGCCACGAAACUGACAAAACCAGCCUGAUCUCACGAGAAAAUGUAAGUAUUUUACGUUUUGUCAAUUUAGUGGCUAAUUCAAAUGAAUUCGUAUGAGUACAGUCUUACGAAAUUGUACGAUUUUAAAAAGGAGGCAUGGCACCCAACUCCACCCCUAAACUGUCAUUGGGUGACGAGUAAAUCGUACUUAAUUGCACAAAUCAGAUCAUAUGAGUUCAUAUGAAUUAGCCACUAAAUCAAAAAGUUACGAAUUGCCGUGAGAUUGCGUAUGUAAAAUAGAAAUGUUUCCUCGUGAGAUGAGGCUGAAACACCCCUUCAACGAAAGUGUUAGCAUUGCUUAACACUAUUAUUUUCAGCUAAAUGAUGUGUGCUAAAUAUUUUACGUGUGUUUGAUAUCCAUGCGUAAUGAACGACUCAACUAAAAGCAGAAUUUUAGGAUGGAUUCUUCUUUCGCUUGACAUGCUCAUUAUAUUGUUUGAUGAUUUUUCAUUAGAAUUUUUCCUGUGUGUGUUUUAUCUACAGCCAUGUGAGUGUUCAGGAAAAGAUAAAGCAUUUAAACGUUCUUCUCUUCUCCCAAAUGUCACUUAACACAGACGUUACUUCUAAACAACGUGUAUACGAUUUUGUACGAGGAGCACAAAAUGUUUCAUAUAUUUUUUGAUAAUAAAACUACACGUCCGCUCUAUAACGUGACUUAGCUUUCAGUGUGUGACAGCUAUAUUGGAUGAGUCUCCCGUGUGUAUACAUUUGUGUAAAUAAAACAGAUAAUUUGAUUAGGUGAAUUCAUAUUACAAAAACUGAAUGCCUUGAGUUGAAGCUGGGGCUCAUUUCUUUUGGUUUUCUUCAAAAUGUGAGGUGUGAGCGUUUGAUUCUGUGUUUUUGGUCUAUCAGACAUGUGGAAAUUAUGUGACAUUAAACUAUUGUUUGACAUCGUG